UGGCUGUGAUUAUCUGUGGCAGUAGCUUCCAUUAUAUUCAUAGACAAAUAAAACAUGUUUACUUGUCAAAUAAAAUAGGAGUUUAAUUCUUGCAAUUUCUGGCUUCGAUCUCUGUAUAUUAUUGUUGCAAAAUAUUUGACCAAAUAAAAUACUCAACAAUUUGAAUUGACUAUUAUAACUUAUUAUGAAAAUGGCAGGACUAGAGUCCAUGAUAGUUGAAGAGGUUAAGCCCGCAGAGAAACCGGUCGAUAGGGAGAAGACAUGCCCACUGUUACUUCGUGUGUUUUGCUCAACUGGACGUCACAAUUCACCCGGAGACUACGCUAGAGGAAAUGUUCCUCAAAAUGAACUUCAGAUUUACACAUGGAUGGACGCAACUCUACGUGAACUUACGGGCCUAGUUAAGGAAGUAAACCCAGAGACAAGGCGUAAAGGAACCUAUUUUGACUUUGCGAUAGUGUAUCCAGAUAUGAGAUCACCAACAUAUCGCAUGAGAGAGAUUGGAGUAACUUGCUCAGGGCAGAGAGGUGGAGAUGAUAAUAAAACAUUAGGUCAGGUCAAGUUCCAGAUUGGGAAUUAUUUGGAUAUAUCUAUAACUCCACCAAACAGAAUGCCACCGCCUAUGAGAAGGCCUCAACCUUACAUGAAUAAUCGUCCCUAUUAAUUUGUACCUUGUUUAUUUGUAAGUUAAUCAGUAAGGUUAUUUGAACUAAAUAAAAUUUGUCCUUGUAUACAAAUCUUUUAGUGUUUGAAUUGGCAAAUUAAUUUACCUAUUGAUUAAAUAAUGAAAAAAAAUUUGGACACAAAUGUGUUAACCAAUUAGUCCUACUGUACCUUUACUCUUUACCAGAAUAAAUACCUAACAGGUACUAUUUUGAAAUAAAAACAUUAUUUUACAAA